AUGGCCGAACUCGUGCAUUCCGCAUGGAAGGUCAUUCCCCAGUUCAAUUCCACAUCGAUUAAAGAAACUGUCAAGUUCUACACGGAAGAACUCAGCUUCACACUCGGCGGCGUUCACCCGGAUGAUAACCCUGAUAUCGAGCCAACCUUCUGCUCCAUCUUCGUCGGCCCAAAGGCCGACGCAAACAUCUACUUCUUUGAGUGCAAAAAAGAAGAUUUUCACGCGUCCGCAGCAAUGAUUGCGCUGGGCACGGACGAAUUGGACGAGUUCUACCGCUUGUUGACGGCCAAGGGGAAAGUGUUUAUCAAAGAGCCGAUUGAGGACAAGGAACGCGCCUCCAAUUCAUGCUGGGCCCAAUCGGGCCUUUUACACCAAUCUCUUUUGAGGAUUGUGACACAAUUCCAAUUACUCUGCCCUUUGAUGUUUGAGAAAGACCAAACAUCUCUUUUGCUGGUAGCGGAGAAGGGCUUGAGGGAGAUAGAGGGGAUGGAAGAGCGCUCACAUAGGAGAUCUCUCGGGUAG